CUUCAGUCUGCUUGAAAGUUUACUACUGGAAACCUGCUUGGAGGUUUUUAAUUUGCAAUCAAGCCAGUGACCAUAGCUGUGUGCCAUGGAUAAGACAUCAUCUUCAUCACAAUUCCUCUGUUAAGUCAUCAGUAUCACUGGCUGCUGCUUGCGCAUGGGAUCUGUACUUAUGCUUCGUUAGUAUAAAUAAUGGUACUGAGAAGGCCAAUAAACAUGAGUUUAGUGGACAUCUCCAAGAUCUUUUCAAUGCUCCAGCCCAAGGACGAAGAGGAGGACGAUGGUGAAAGACGUGAACUCAGCCAGGCAGUGUCUAACGAUGACGACAAGCUUCUCGCUGAGCUCCUGUCCCAGGAGAGGUACAAAAGAUUCAUCAACAGCAGGAGCGGCUGGGGUAUCCCGGGCACCCCUCUCCGCCUGGCCGCUUCACGAGGUCACCUGAGAUGCCUGGAGGUUCUUCUGGCCCAUGACGCUGAGGUAGACAGUUUGGAUGUGAAGGCCCAGACUCCCUUGUUCACUGCUGUCAGUGGGAAGCAUCUAGACUGCGUUCACGCUCUCCUACAGGCAGGAGCUAACCCUAACGGCAGCAUUUACAACAAUUGCUCCCCAGUGUUAACCGCUGCAAGAGAAGGGGACGAGGACAUCUUGAGAGAACUGCUCCAGUUUGGUGCAGAGGUUAACGCUAGAUCUAAGGUUCCUCACUGGGCUUCGAAUGCUAGUGCUUGUAGUGGACCUCUCUACCUUUCUUCAGUUUAUGGACACCUUGAUUGCUUUAAGCUUCUUCUUCUUUACGGGGCGGAUCCGAAUUAUAACUGCACCGAUGAGAAGCUCCUUGCCAGGAUCAAACAGCCCAAGACAGUGUUGGAGAUGUGCCUGAGACACGGCUGUGGGGUGGAAUACAUCCAGCUCCUUAUUGAUGUUGGAGCAAACGUCUACCUUCCCACACUCAUCAUAGAGAAAACCACAAAGCAAAAUGAAGCAGUGGAACUCCUGCUAAAAGAAAGAGCUUGUCCAAAAACCCUGAUGUCUCAGUGUCGGCUAGCAAUCCGAAGCUACUUGAGAAUGGCCAACAAAAUGCAUUCCAUUGACCGACUGGACAUCCCACCAAUCCUGAGAAACUACUUAAACCACAUGACCUGAGUGGUGUGGACAGUGAUGUCAUUGCCCCUGCUGUGGAGCUGCGCCAUGGAAACCUCAAUAACAGAAUGCUGCUUUCCUUUUGUACCAUGGUUAACUGCUGUUUUAAUUACACUCUGGAAGCAAGGCAAGCUGUUUUAAAUGGUUUUAAAUACCACUGUGUUUGCUACAUAUUGUCUGAGGACCCAUCCAAAUUACCACAAGGGUCUUUAGACCUAUUAAAAUAAACUGUUAUAUAGUGUGCUGGGGAUUCAAAGGAUAAAGUGUAACAUGGAGUUGAGAGGUAUAACACUGCCCCCUGACGGGUAAAGGGGGUAAUGCAUUUUAAAUUAAUAUUUAACCUCUGUAACCGCCUGCACAAGCAGGUUCUUUUUGUUGCCGUGUUUGAGGUGCUGGGUUUGCAAGCACUAGGUACGAAGUCUGUGAAUCUGGUUGCCCUCGUGAACCCUACGAUCUUCACAGUGAAAAAGAAAACCUAAAAUCAUCUGCAUUAAACCCAACUGGUCUUGCUCGAUUCAUGGCUGGGCUUAUUCUCCCUGCACCCAUUGUAGCAUCAGGGGAAUGCAAGCAGAAGUCAGCUGUGAGUUAUGCAGCCUUAGCUAUUGAUUAACGCCUUUUGAUACUUAACCAACUUAAGUCUGGUCUGUCCUCAAUGCACAAUGCCAAGGCAGGAGGGUUGCCUUUCAUAUGCAUCAACCUGAUGCUCUUUAUAAACCUCGAAGAGACUGAAUACCUUAAAGGCUAAUGGCUUCAUUUUACAUUGUAAUUUCUCAGCAUAUGUGUAUAUGUAUUUAAGUGUUUAAUAUAUGCAUGCUAGUCAAAGGGGAGGUGUCACUAAAAUGUGCUUUACCAUGCCAAGCUAAUCUAAUACUGCUUGAUGAGUUACCUUUUUCAACAGUUUUUUAAAAACUAUUUAUUCUCUGAACUUUAUUAAGGCAUAACAUUUUAAACUCUUCUCAUCCACUAUCACCCGCCAAAAGGACCUUUGCGGUCUUGAAAGCUUUUAUUUUGUUGGAAGUUAGUCAUCUUUUUACACAACUUGUUAAGAUAAAAGGCCAGUCUGUUUAUUUAUUUUGUAAUACCUAUCUCUCUUGAAUAUAAAUGAAUCAAUUUUAAUCACAUUAAUAAAACAUUUAAAAAUACAGUUUUCUUUAUUUGUGGCCUUGAACAAAAACCUUUUUUUUCUAGAUAAAAUGUUUAAAACAUUUUUUUUAAAAAAAAAUAAUUUCUGAACUUGACGACAACGGCAUGUGUGAAUUGCAUAUUAAGACCUUCUUAGGAAUGUCACAUAUUGCCAGGACAGGAUGGCACAAAACCACUCAGUGUUUCAAUACUUUAUUAAACCUGUGUAUUAUUACAUUGAAAGACUCAAAAGUCUAGUAAGGUAAUACAAGCCACAAAUAAAUGAUAAAACCUACCAGCUAAAUUACACAUCACUUGUCGCAAUUUAUUUUUUAAUUUUUUUAUUAUCACAUUUUGAAAACAUUUAUUUUCUGUGAAGCAAAUAGCAGUAAAAGGUUGGAGAAUGUAUUUGAAAACCAGGAGACUUUGAAGUUAAUGAUUCAGUUUACAGAAUUUUAUUGAUAUUCUUUUGUAAAUGACCGGAUAUAGCUUACAAUGUAUUUUCAUUUAAGAUAACAGCUAGUUGCAGAGUAUAAGCAAAGAGGUAUCCAAACAAUGAUAUUGUCACGUCUGCAUGUCAAGUACAGAAGUAGAGUUACAUUAUUCAAUAUAUAUAAAGUGUAAGACAUAUAUUUAUGGAGACCAAGCACAGUAGAACCAGGGACGGUGUUACUCCCGCCUCCUCUUCUGAUUGGUUAACAUGUCAGCGACUCCCAAUCUCACUGGAUUACUGUAUUGUCAAUCGCGGUCCCACGAGUCGGGUGGGUGUGGAGAAAGGCUGUCUCGGGAGGAAAGCGAUUUAACUUUGUUUUUGUUUUAUUUAUUCUUAAAUGUAUUCAUUCAUUUCCAA